GAUCAGGGCCACAUUCACAAAUAAUCUUGUAUAACAUGUAGCUCACUGAAGAAACUCUCAGCUGUGGCUCUGAGACUAGGCGAGCACAGAGCCACAGACCGAGACUAGGCGAGCACAGAGCCGCACCAGACCGAGACUAGGCGAGCACAGAGCCACACCAGACCGAGACUAGGCGAGCACAGAGCCACACCAGACUGAGACUAGGCGAGCACAGAGCCGCACCAGACCGAGACUAGGUGAGCACCAGACCGAGACUAGGCGAGCACAGAGCCGCACCAGACCGAGACUAGGCGAGCACAGAGCCACACCAGACCGGGACUAGGCGAGCACAGAGCCACACCAGACCAAGACUAGGUGAGCACAGAGCCGCACCAGACCGGGACUAGGAGAGCACAGAGCCUCACCAGACCGGGACUAGGCGAGCACAGAGCCGCACCAGACCGGGACUAGGCGAGCACACAGCCGCACCAGACCGGGACUAGGCGAGCACACGGCCGGACCAGACUGGGACUAGGCGAGCACAGAGCCGCACCAGACCGAGACUAGGCGAGCACAGAGCUGCACCAGACCGAGAAAGGCUGAGUACAGAGCCACAGACCGAGAAAGGCUGAGUACAGGACCAAGUCUAGCUGGGUGCAGAGCUCCAGACCAAGACAAGUUGAACACAGCAACUUGGACCCAAAUUAGCAGAGCGUAGAGAAACACACCAAGACUGACAAAGCACAGAGCCCCUUAUCUAGCCUGUCUAAGCACCAGAAUGAGGCCAUUGUGGUAUCUUGAGAGGUUUUGCAAACUCUUGGCAUUUGAAGCUUUCUGUGUUUUGAAGCUGGCAGCUAGUGAUUGCCAGUGCAUUUUAAGUAAGCUUGAGUAUAAAAAUGUACCAGUGUAUCUUCUAACCAGUCAAGUAGCGAACGCAGUUAAGAUGAUAACUGGCGCUUCAGAUGUGGAGGAAUCCAGGGUUUAAAGCCUCCCAUUUUGGUGAUUAUGUAGCUAUCUGUCAGGCUUCUGAAAGCCACAGUUUAGGGUUUGCUCUAUUUUUAACUUGAACAGGAUGUUAUUAUGGGAGAAGGGACAUGGAACAGUAGCACUGGAGUGUUCCACUGAUUUAACUCAAUGGAGUAUUUACUUUUUAAGGCAUUUUGGUUGGCAGCACAGGAUUACAUAGUCGACUAAUCUGAAAUGAAUUAAUGUGAUGAAAAAAUACUGCUCUGCCAAAUGCAUCCAUGAUCAGGUCAUCAAAAUUGUAAUUAGGUCAUCAGAAUAAUGUGGGGUUUUUGUACUAUAUUUAGCACACUUUGAUCAACUGUUGAUGUUCUUCUGGUUGCCUGAUACUUUUCAUGUCAAAAGAAUGCUAAAUCAUGGACUGCCAAACAGCUGUGAAGUUCAUGAUUCAACACAGGGGGAUGCACAAGGAAAACAAGAUUGUAAUUUGUAUUCUUUUAGUCCUUUUGUCCAGCAGGGCUUCUUUUUGCAGAAUGAAAAGGAAAUUCUAUUCCUGGGAAGAGUGCAUGAAUCUCAGUGAGGUCAAGUCCCUGAAGAAACUCAACCAUGCCAAUGUGAUCAAGCUGAAGGAGGUCAUCCGGGAAAAUGAUCAGCUCUACUUUGUGUUUGAGUAUAUGACUGAGAACCUCUAUCAGCUCAUGAAAAAAAGAACACGCAUGUUUCCUGAGUCUGCAGUGAGGAAUAUCAUGUUUCAGAUUCUACAGGGACUUGCCUUCAUUCAUAAACAUGGCUUUUUUCAUAGAGACAUGAAGCCAGAGAAUCUUUUGUGCAUGGGUCCUGAGCUCGUGAAAAUUGCUGACUUUGGACUAGCUCAAGAGAUACGAUCUCGUCCUCCUUACACUGACUAUGUGGGGACAAGAUGGUACCGAGCUCCAGAAUUGCUUCUCAGGUCCACAAGCUACAGCUCUCCUAUAGACCAGUGGGCCGUAGGCUGUAUCAUGGCUGAACUCUACACGCUCAGACCUCUGUUUCCUGGCUCCAGUGAGGUGGACACUAUUUUCAAGAUCUGCCAGGUUUUGGGAACUCCGAAAAAGAAUGACUGGCCUGAAGGAUGCCAGCUGGCUGCCUCCAUGAGUUUCCGCUGGCCGCAGUGCGUGCCCACCAGUCUAGCCACCCUGAUCCCCAGCGCCGGCUCCGAAGCUAUUCAGCUGAUGAGAGACCUGUUACAGUGGGACCCUAAAAAACGGCCAGCAGCCUGCCAGGCCCUGCGCUAUCCCUACUUUCAGGUGGGUCAAGUCCUAGGCACACCACAGCAGAUUCAGGACCAAGGACAAACACAGCCUCUGCAACUCAGGCCUGAACCUCUUCCUCAGAUCCCACCGCUCACCUUACCUCAUACAGCCCAUCAACCACAGCACCUUCCAGAGCCUCCUAAAAGGCCAGAAAAGGCAGAGGUCAAGAUGGACAGGGCAGUGCAGAGACGCUUUCCUCUAAUACAUGACAAAGGCAUGACAAAAGCAAGAGAAAUGCAUCCAAAUUAAUCAGGAGGAACUUCAUCAUGCAGCAAGACAAUGAUCCAAAACAUACUGUUUAAACUGGCCAAGUCAAUCAUGAGACCUUAACCCUACCAAGCAGCAUUUCACCUCCUGAAGCGGAGACUGAAGGGAAACAAACAACAAUUGAAAGAGGCCGUGGUAAAAUCCUGGAAAAUCAUCACAAAAUAAGAAACCAACAGUUUGGUGAUGUCACUGAGUCACAGGUUUGAUGCAGUUAUUGCAAGAAAGGGAUAUGCAACCAAAUAUUAAGUGUUAUUUACUUUAAUUUACUUCAAGACUUAUGUGUUCCUAUUCUUUUGCUCACCUAAAAAUUGGGUGGUCUGAUACAAAAGGUAAUGUUUUAUGUUGUUUAACACGUCUAGAUGUAAAUACCAGGAAAUAAAAUCUGAAAUCCUAAA